CAGCAACGGUUUAAUAAUGGCUUGUUCCGUCGCUAUAAUCUCAAAAGAUAAUUCUCCAUUGUACGUAUUAGCAGCUGAUAUUGAAAAGGAGAUUGAAUUGCAAUAUUGCUUCCAUUCAGCACUUGAUAUUGUUGAAGAAAAAUCGAAUACAGCAAACAAAAAUCCUGACACAAGAGAUUUAUUCUUAGGACUUUUGUAUGCUACGGAACUAUAUAAAAUUUAUGGCUAUAUGACGAACACAAAAAUCAAGUUCAUACUAAUUGUCGACUCACUGAACAGUGCUUUUCGAGAGAAUGAGAUACGCGCAAUGUUCAGAAGUAUACACAUCGAAUAUGUAAACUAUAUUUCCAAUCCUUUCAUCAUUCCUAAUGAGCAAAUAUUCUCAAAAACAUUCGAUAGAAAUAUUCGGAAUAUCUGCAAAGUGUAAAUCAACAGCUACUUUUUUUUCUCAUCGCAAUAAAGAAAUGAAGACUUGGGAGUUGAGUUUACUAUAACGAGAUUUGGAUGGAUGAUUAUCAUGAUUAUUUAAAAAUGUCUAUCAACAUCCAGUUGUUCACAGUAUUCUGGACAUCAAGUGUCUAGAUAUAAAUUCAUCGAAAGGAUAAAAUCCAAUCCGUUCUAGUGAAGUCGACUCUAAAUAACAUUAUAAAUUAAAUGAUCAUCAAAGGCAUGCAUUAAAUUAAAUCUGACUUUAAAAUGGCAAGAAUAAGAAUGUAUAAAAGGAAAUAAAAGUUUAUGUAUUGUAAAACCCGCU